GACCUGAUCGGUGAAAACAAAAUGUGACGUGGCUAAUCUUGGUGGACAAAAACAGCGAGAAAUCCUCAAUCAUUAAACAGUUUGCUUGAAAUUAAAGGGCGUUUAACGCGUAGAAACAGAAGUGCAAACCGAAAUAAAGAAGGCAAACCUUUCUUGUUGUUGAUUUUGGGAAGGAAACCAGCAGCAGGCUGGGGUAACGUUAACUGCUAGCAUCGUACUUUGACAGGAAAGAAGGUAUGUGCUAAGCCAUCAAGAUGUCAGACAGUGAAGCUACAGCGGCGGCGGGUCCAGAGGUGGCACCAGAGAUUCGGGAUGCCUCUCCUGUCAAAACGCCCGACCGCUCCUCGCCAACCCCACCUGACACCUCGACUGACGUGGCCCCGACGAGGAAAGCCAGGAGGAGACCGGAUGCCAAACCUCCAGCCAAAGUUGAGGGGAUGCCGAAAGCAGAGGAGCAGCCAGCACAGACACCCAGUGAGUCUACUGUGUCUCAGGGUGGUUGGGGAUACUGGGGCAGCUGGGGCAAAUCCAUCUUAUCCACAGCAACAGCUACUGUUGCCACUGUGGGCCAGGGUCUCACUCAGGUCAUGGAGAAGGCAGAGACGUCGCUGGGUAUCCCCAGUCCCACCGAGCUCUCGGCGCAAGUUGAGGAAGAGCAGAAAGAACAGGGUGAAGCCAGCAGCGAGACAGACAACACGGCAGCAGAUGGAUCGGCGGUGGUGGGAAGUGCGAUGGGAAUGCUGACGUCGCUCACCAGCGUUGUUCAGAGCACCGGGAAAACGGUGAUCACGGGCGGCCUGGAUGCUCUGGAGUUCAUCGGGAAGAAGACAAUGGAUGUCAUAGCAGAAGGUGAUCCCGGCUUUAAGAAGACCAAAGGACUGAUGAUCAGGAACUCCACGCUGUCUCAGGUGUUGAGGGAGGCGAAGGAGCGAGAGGAGCUGCAGACAGCAGAGAAAGAGUCGGAUUCGGAGAAGAAAGUGGCUCACUAUGGGAUGCUGUUUGAUGAAUUUCAGGGUCUGUCACACCUCGAGGCUCUGGAGAUUCUGUCUCGAGAGAGCGAGUCUAAGGUGAAGUCAGUGCUGACCACUGUAUCAGGAGAUGAGUUGGUCCAGCUCAGGAAAGAGCUGGAGCUCAUCAAGGACUCUUUCUCCCUGGUGGAGUUUGAUGACGAGGAAGUGGACGAGAAGAAAGAUGAAGAUGGCUCAGAGUUUGAGAGGGAGUUAAUGGAGGCCUUGGAGGGUCUCAGUGUCACUGCCACGGCUGAUAAACUCAGCAAGGCCUGUAAGAGCACCUGCAGCCAGAUCGCUGACAUGACCAAACCAGAGGAGGAGAGCGAGGAAAGCGAGGAGGCCGUGAAGAAAACACUCCCAGUAGAGGAGGUUCAUGCCGCAGCCAUCAGGAGCCUAGCGGAGCUGACGGCUCGAUCCAUUGAGCUUUUCCACAAACUGGCUGAGAUGAUCCUCUUCUCCAACGGCAGCACAGAGGCCAGCGUUCUGUCACAGUUAACUGUUGUCCUGUGUAAAGAAAUCUCACUGCUUUCCAAGAAGUUCACGUCCUGUUUAACUACAGCAGGGUCAAACGAGAAGGGAGAUGUCCUUAACCCACUAAUAACAGGAGUCUUUUUAGAGGCAUCCAACAGUGCAUCUUAUAUCCAGGAUGCUUUCCAGCUGCUGAUGCCCAUUCUGGAGAUCUCUCACAUCCAGAGGAGAUCUGAGUCCACAGAGCAGUGACCAGCUGACGUCGCCUCUGCCCCCCGCCACUGCCAUGAUGCUGCCAUGACAGCAGGGAACUGACACAUCUUGAAAAAAAAUCCUCUGCGACCGCGUUUUCUCUGUCUGGUUUUCAGCUCAGGACAAAAUCAAUUUCACGCCUGGGAGGAGAAGUGUGUUUUUGUCAAACAGUGUUAACUUUUUCGGCAUUGCCAGUUAAAUUGUAAAGCCCAGUAGAUGGACUCACUGAAGUACAGUGUUGAGAAGGUCUGCAUCUACCAAAUGCAUCCGUGUAAAACAGGGAGCAGCGUAUUGUUCUUCCUUGUAUUUUAACAUGCACACUUUUUAUUUUUUUCUGAUAGCACUUGUGCUCAUAACUGACAAAUCCAAAUUCUGCCUCAAAGAACACUUGAAAAAAAGACAUACAGGAUGGAAACACCGGUGAUAAUUUGUUUAAAAAAGGGGUGUCUCAUAAUAAACAGUAAGAUAUAUUGAUAAUGUAUUUUUCUCUUUGCUUUACAUAGAAUAGUUGGAAAUUGGGUUUUCUAUGCAUAUGUCUCUUAAAUGUUGCCGUGCAACACGUUGCCGGCCGUGGAGCAGUUAAGUGUCUUUGUUAAAAAAAAAAAAAAAAAAAAAAACGCUGACAAGUAUUGAACAAGUGCAAAGGUUAGGACUUAAACAUGUGACUCAUCAGUCUCUGUAGCCACCAGGUCACUGUUCAUCCAACAAACUGGGUUCUAGCUGUCUCAAAUUACAUCUUCAAAUCUCUGAACACACAGAUUAUGGUUCUUUUAGUUUCUGGCGACCUUGGUAUCAUCCUAAAAUCAUGAGCAGACUGGCAGUUGUUAGUCUACAGUUGGGUAAAGGUAAUCACAGCUGUCUGCAGUUUUUUUUUACCAUGCUUGGAAUUCAACUGUGGUGCUUUCCUUUGCCUCUGGCUCUGUAUACUCUCUAGUUUUGUAUCACAAUAUUAACGAAGUAUUUUCUGUCAUCCUCAAUUACAAAACAUUCUCACAUGUUCUAGUGCCAGGUCUUAAAUUCUGACCUGAUGCAAUCGUAGAACAUUAAAAAUGAAUUUGAUUGUAACAGGUGGAAGAUGGAGAUGACUCACCCUUUUAUAAAAACACUUAACAGUUUUGAAUGUUGGAGCCCAUCUCUGCCACUCAUUAUUCAUUAAACUUCAGAAUGACUUCAGGUGUUUAUGAAUCAACAAAGCGUCUUCUAUCUGCCUUUCAUUACCUUUAGUUGAAUUCUGUUUUCUGAUAUGGAACCGCUAACAGCUGUGUGUUGUGGGCAUUGAGCAACAUGCUGUACAGUAGAUUUGAGAUGGUUUUCAAAUAAAUGUGCUUUCA